CCACCCAUUCGCCAGCCUCUCCUCGGACUUGAGUGAUGGCGGAGCACGGCGACCUGCUGCUGUCGGUGCUGUCCAGCAUCCGGGUGCCGAGGCCCGGCGACCGGGUCCAUAAGGACGAGUGCGCCUUCUCCUUCGACACCCCGGAGUCCGAUGGCGGCCUGUACGUCUGCAUGAACACCUUCCUGGGCUUUGGUAAGCAGCAUGUGGAACGGCACUACCAGAAGACGGGGCAGCGUGUCUACCUACACCUGAGGAGGACCCGCCUGCCGAAGGUGGAUGACGGGAGCAGUGGAGCCGGUGAUCCACCCAAGAAGAAACCGACUCGUUUGGCCAUCGGGGUGGAAGGUGGCUUUGACGUGGAAGGGGAGAACUUUGAGUACGACGAGGAGGUGAAAGUGGUGAUUCUACCGGAGCACGCAACCAUUCCCCGGGAGUCGCUCAGUCUGAUGCCAGCUGCAGCCUGUGACAGGGUGACUGCUUCAGUCGAUGGCCUCCUAGCUGCUGACUCGGCCUCUCGGAAACAAGAGAUACAGGCCUGGGAUGGGGAGGUACGUCAGGUCUCAAAACAUGCCCUCAACCUCAAACAGAUGGACAACGACGUUCGAAUCCCACCCUGUGGCUGGAAGUGUACCCGCUGCGACCUGAAGGAGAAUCUCUGGCUGAAUCUGACGGAUGGUUCCAUUCUGUGCGGCCGCCGCUAUUUCGAUGGGAGUGGAGGUAAUAACCAUGCCCUGGAACACUACAAGCAGUGUGGCUACCCGCUCGCUGUCAAACUGGGAACUAUUACCCCCGACGGUGCUGAUGUGUACUGCUACGAUGAGGAUGAGAUGGUGCUGGAUCCGAACCUUGCAGAGCACCUCUCCCACUUCGGGAUUGACAUGAUGAAGAUGCAGAAGACUGACAAGACCAUGACGGAGCUGGAGAUUGACAUGAACCAGCGAAUCGGUGAGUGGGAGACCAUCCAGGAAUCCAGUGUCCACCUGAAGCCGCUGUAUGGCCCGGAGUACACAGGCCUGCAGAACCUGGGUAACAGCUGCUACCUCAAUUCUGUCAUGCAGGUCGUUUUCAGUAUUCCCGACUUUCAGACCAAGUACGUCGCCAACCGCGAGAAGAUUUUCAAAGACUGUCCGAGCGACCCCACACAGGAUUUCAACACCCAGCUAGCGAAGCUGGGCUACGGUCUACUCUCCGGGGAGCAUUCCAAAGGGCCACCGGAACAGACCACGGCGGCCCCGACCCCCAGGAAGCUAAAGGAACAGGACGGGAUCGCCCCGCGGAUGUUCAAGACCCUGGUGGGGCGGGGUCACCCAGAAUUCUCGACCAACCGACAGCAGGAUGCGCAGGAAUUCUUCCUGCAUUUCAUCAACAUGGUGGAGCGGAACUGCCGGAGCUCGCAGAAUCCCAACGAGGCCUUCCGCUUCCUGGUGGAGGAGCGCAUCAACUGCCUGGCAUCCGGGAAGGUCAAGUACACACAGCGGGUCGACUACAUCAUGCAGCUCCCUGUUCCCAUUGAUGUGGCCGUCAACAAAGAGGAACUUGCGGAGUAUGAGAUGAAGAAACGUGAGGCCGAGGCAGACAAGAGUGUGAUCCUGGAGAUGGUACGCGCCAAGAUUCCGUUCGAGUCCUGCCUACAGGCCUACGCCGAGCCGGAGCAGGUCGAUGAUUUCUGGAGCACGGCCCUGCUGGCCAAGUCGGUGGCUGUGAAGUAAGUGAUGGACCCCGCCCCCCCCACCGCCCCAACAUGGUAAUACCUGGGUAUACCCCCACCCCCACACAACGUCUCCAUCGAGAUGCCAGACGAGCUGGACAUCUCGGCCCUGCGGGGGAGCGGCCUGCAGCCGGGGGAGGAGGAGUUACCUGAGCUGGCCCCCCCCCUCGUCACGCCGGAUGAGACGAAAGGUAGCCUUGGCCUGUGUGGCCUGGACGAUGACGAUUCUCUCUGCUCUGCCCAAUUCUCUUCUCCAACAUCGCCAGUCCUGGACGAGAGUGUGGUGGUACAGCUGGUUGAGAUGGGGUUUCCAGUCGAGGCAUGUCGGAAAGCAGUCUAUUACGCGGCCAAUAGUGGGCUGGAGGCAGCCCUCAACUGGGUGAUGGCUCACCUCGAGGACCCAGGUAAGGACCCCCCAACGAAGGAGGGAGGCUGUGUGUGUACGUACGGCCAAGUGAGGAGGAGCACAGGGUCUGUCUCCACUCUCUGCUGGUCUGGGUUCGGUUCUCACUCUCCUUCUCACCCUGUCUCGUCUUGUAACAACAGCCUGGAGCGAGCUGUCGACUGGAUCUUCAGUCGGAUCGAUGAUCUCGAUACUGAGGUGGACAUGGAUGUGUCCGAGGCUCGCUCCGCACCAGAAUCCCUCUCUGAGUCCGUGCCACCGGGGCCGAAGGUCAGGGACGGACAUGGCCGAUACCAGCUCUUUGCAUUCAUCAGCCACAUGGGAACCUCCACAAUGUGUGGUCACUAUGUGUGUCAUAUCAAGAAGGAGGGAAGGUGAGUAACU